AUGGCGGACGAACAUAAAUAAAAACAAAUAAAAAGCGGAUUUCAAAAGUUCUUUUUACACCAUAACAAUGGUUAAGGUGUUAAAAUGUUAUAAUUUUAAGUCAUCCAAUAUAAUUGAAAAUGUUAUUUCAGAGCCUAAUUGUUUUGACAUUGGCAAAAACUUCCUGUUUAUAGGAACUCAUGAUUGCACAGUGAAGGUCUUCAAAAACACUCAACCGCCUAAAAAAUGGCAGAAAUAUUGCUUCUUUCAAACCGGUGCUCUUGUUACACAAGUUGAAUAUAAUAAAGCUGGAGACUAUGUUGCAACAGUUGAAAAGAAAGUUUCUAGGCAGUCUGAGGUGGUCUCAGUCAAAGUGUACCUGAACUGGCACAUUGCUCAUCAAAGUGACUCAUACCGGACCAGAGUGAGGGUUGCUGGCCUCGGCUAUAAGAGUAGCAAUGUACAGACUGGGAAACGACUUGAGGUUGUGGAUGUGCCCAUUGAGGGGAAAGUUUCUGCAAUGUCAACAUGUGCAGAGACUGGCAACUUGGUCUUUGCCUGUAACCACAUUGCCAAACUUUUCCAUCUGGUUGAGAAAACCAUUCCAAAUUCUGAAGAAACCUUUCUGGACAUGAUUGUGUUUCUUGAAAUCAGUUUUGGAUAUGACCUUACCAAGAUAUGCCUCUGUGAAGAAUUUCUUGUCUGCAGUAGCUCACAAUUCGUCCAGGUAUUUGAGGUUCAGAUAAGGGACCGUGUGGAUGAUAUGCAGGGACGGUCAGUAGACAGCCAAGGGCCAUCACCGAGGCGGAUGAAGGCCUCAAGUGUGCUUUCUAGUCUCAAUAUCGCCCAAAAUAUCAGUUCCCCUGAGACAGUCAGGGAGAGGACUGUACCAGUGAUUCGAGAGCAGCCUAAGUUUUCAGCAGUUGGUGAAAGGGGCUCAUCUACUCCAAGCCCAGGGCCCAGUUUUCCAUCAAAGAACACCACUUCCCUAAUAGAGGAUGACACAGACUUCGUACAGUGGUCUUUCUCUUCCAAUCCCCUGGCCAGAAAAUCAACAGGACUUGCCGGAGCCCAAUUACACGGUUACCAUGACAACAAGACAAUAAAGCUCAAAGGUUUGGAAAAUCUGGGAAAGCCGGCAAGGUUUGAGCCUCCUGUGCCUGAUAUCAAAGACCUCAGAGGAGGAAAUCACCAUACCACAGGUCAGACAUCACUAAAGCAGGUCAUGUACCACUAUCUAGAUCAGGGCCAUUCAUCCUGGCUUCAUCUUCAGUUGAUUCCAACAUACACAAUAGGAGGGUUUACCAGUCUAUCUGGCCACCAGGCCAGUAUACCAGUCCACUCAGGGCGGAGAACCAGCCGGGUUGGCAUGACCUGUCUCAUGAGCAGCCCCAGAGUGGGACAAAUAUUCUCACUACUGCCACACCCACUCCUUCUGUCAUCAUAUGAAUACUCUUCUAAUGCUUUGCAAGUAGAAAGCAGUGGCCCUCUGUUGUAUGUUCUACAUGAAAACACUCUGGAAAUCUACACUUCCCGCAGCCAUAUUUUUGCCGUUUUGAAUACCGAAAAAAUGGAUCAUGUCACAAAGACUUGUCCAGACACAAGUGUGGAGAUCUGUAUCUGUGGAGUCCAGCAUCUGAUUGGUCCUCGACUUAUUGCCCUUGGUGACAAGCACAUUGCCCUCUUCAAUAAAAUAGACAAUUCCUGGAAUGUGAAUGUAUUAGAGAAACCAUCGGUACCAGACCUUUAUACAGACAUGGUGAAUUUCGGAAAGAAAAACCAGCAAUUGGCGGCUCACACAUAUGAGCACAUGUUGCUAGAAGGUCACAUGCUUCUGACGAGCAGUCUGAUUGGUCAGUCUCUUAGCCAAUCAGAUGCCAUGGAAGUACAAGAACUCAUCAGAACUUCAUCAGCACUGCUUGGUGAAUAUUAUGCCUUGAGUGAUGCCCCUGGCUGGCAGUCUUGUCUGCCCUACUGCAUCAUGUCAGAACUCAAUGUGCAGGAGAUGGUCUCCAACAUUCGGCAACGGAAGAAGGAAUAUAAGCUGAGAUAUGGCCAAGGCAUUGUGCAAUAUUUGAAGUAUGUCUUGUUUCUUGAAGAGGACCCACUUGAUCUAAUAGAGGUAGAAGGUGAUACACUCCUAGAGACGUGUUUUGAGGCCAUGCCAGACAGACUGUCGGACGUUCUGCUGUUUUCACGUAUCAGAACUUACUCUGCAGAGACGGCCAUUAACUUUCUCAAGAAAACAUCCAAAUAUAUCCGGCCAUCAGACAGUAGGUCAAGCACAAAAUAUCGCCUGGCUCUAGCGUCCCUUAACCUACAGCUGUGUGAACCAGAUAUGGCCCUGGGUCUUCUCUCCGCCAUCGAUAAGAGAGAGCUGGUUGAUUUGUGUGUAGAGAAUCAUCAUAUCCUACAUGUGGCCAUGACAGAGUUUUCUCCCUUAGCACAGUUGAUGCGCUGCCAUGACGCAGAUUUACUCAUCUCAAUACUCAUACAACUCCAUGACAUGGGUACCAUGCCUACCGAUCUGGCCAUAGCACUUUUACAGGGACGGUCAAAUGUUCCUGAGGCCCACAAGAAUUCCCAUCUGAUGGCGUACCUGGAGGCUUUAGUCUGUGAUGAAAAAAGAAAGUUCUGUUUUGAAGAUGCAGUGGGUCAGUUGUGUGAGAUGUAUGUACUGAGGCUAGCAGAAUGGGAACCUCCAUCAAUAAGGCAGCUGUCACCAGUCAUCAGCCUGAGGCUUCCAAAAGGUGGACAUUUUGGUCGCCGUCAUGGUUGGUUGGAUCAACUUCCUCCAUUUUCUGGUACCCAGUCAAUAACAACAACCUGCCAGUAUGUGGUUCCCAGCAGUGAGUCCAGACGAGCAGGGAAACAGUCCCAACAAUGGCUGCAGUGCCAGAAGACUGAUAAUGUCACAUGUAGCUGCUUCAUGUGUAAUGAAGACCUGCUUAAAAUACAGUCCCUGUUGUGUUACCCAGAAGUCUCGUCCACUGUGUGUGACAGAGUUCUCCCCCUUCUGGAGGCAAACAAACAUCACACAUUCUCCCCCUCUCUCAACAUUUUGUGCCAAGUGCACACAGACAUUGAUGCUGCCGUUCGAUUGGUUAUUGAAAGUCACAUGACUGUUGCUGCUGAGUUUGGUGCAUCUGUCCUCAAAUCUGAUGUGGAUAAGUGGGAAAAGUUGUUAAACAAAAUGCUGGAGAAAGUGUUCAAGGCCGAGGAAGCCAACCAGUCCACAGAAGAGUUCAUGCCUUGUGUGAAAGAUGUACUAGCAGAGAUGUCCAAGCACUUGAAACCCGAGGAAUUCCUGAAAGUGUUGCCAGGCAACGGGAACUUUUUCUUCUUUAUGCCUUAUAUCCAGCAGUGCCUUGCAAUACACAAGGGUGCAAAAUUGAAGGAACACUUUGUUGAACUCGGGGGGAAAAUGGUGCAGCACAGUUGUGAAUGAUGAGACAAAAAUUGAUCCCCUACCCCCUCCAGACAAAAUCUCAAAAGACCAUUUUUUUUAAAAGGCCCACAAAAUCCCUAGCCAUAGGUUUUGGGAAUUUUACCAUAAGUUUUGUUUAAGUUGUAUAAUAUGUUAUUUCAUAACAUUUUUAUUUCGAAACAAUAUAUAAUUUUAAAGCGUAGUUUCGCCUGCGUGUUGAGGGGGGGAUUUGUUUGAAUCUGGCUGAUGGGUGAUUCCAUGUGCUUUUAAUUUAAUGCCACUCAGAACUUUAAUGCCACUCAGAACUUAAAGCUUUCAUCACUUCUGCUUGGUAUUGAUAUGUAUACAUGUAGCUAUUUGUACAUUGGUUUCUGAAAUAUAUACCAUUUGCUUGGCAUUAAUGUAACAAGCAGCAAUACAUGUAUAUAGACUUUUUAUUUGAGAUUCUUUAGUUUUAGAUUUAUUUUUCACUUUAUAUAAUUAUAUUUGUGCAAUAACUUAACAUUCCAUAAUUAUAUACGUGUAUGCUUUACAUAUCAUGAAUAAAUUGUUG